UUUUGCAUUGUCUUGUUGAAAAAUGCAUGGACGUCCCUGGAAAAGAUUUCCAGCUGUUUUUUGGACUUGUUGCUGAUAACAGUCUGGAUGGUCCUUUUCGUCUUUCGUCACACACGGCGUCCAUUAUUCCAAAAAAUGUGUGAUGGUCCAUCCUAGAUGCCUCCGAGCCCAGAGAAGUCGACGCCGCUUAUGGACAUGGUUAACAUAAGGCUUCUUUUUUGCACAGUAAAGUUUUAAGUGGCAUUUGUGCAUGUAACUCUGUAUUGUAGUGCUUGACAAAGGUUUGCCAAAGUACUCCCUUACCCAUGUGGUUAUAUCAGCUAUUGUUGAAUGGCAGUUCUUGAUGCAGUGCCAUCUAAGAAAUCGAAGAUCACGGACACUCAGCUUAAGCUUGUGCCCUUGGCCUUUACACACUGAAAUUCCUCCAAAUUCCAGAUUGAAACUACAAAUUGGGCAGAUUAUUUUAAUGCUGCAUCAAAACUAACAAUCUGAUUCUUUCAUUUGCUAGCUGCAUUUAAUCCAUGUUCAGCAGUUUAAAUGAACUAAAAUGCACUGGUAUGACCUUACUAUGUAGAUGUUUUAUAUAGUUCAGGUAUAAAAGUUUACUUACGUUCCACUUUCAGGUGGUAUUUGGACACUAGGAAGCCCUGUUGGUCCGUGAUCUGAAACAGUCCUUUGUCGCUGGCCUUCACCUCCUUAAGUGUACAUGAAAAGUCCUCCACGCUAAACCGUCCUUCCAGCUGAGGUGGCAGGUUUAACUCGCCCCUCUCCAUGAUUACCCAGGUUUUUUCAGAUCCACUGGAGUCAGAAGAGUAGGUCAGAUGGGCAGUGGAACUGUUUAUUGGCAGAGUAAAAGUGAACAUUUCUCCAGGCUGAACGGUCACAAAGUUCUGAUGCUCUGUAAGUCAGGAAAGAAGGAAGUAAAAGAAGGUAGAAAAUGAGAAAGGAAGGGAUAAAAGAGAAAGGAAGGAAGGAAAGAAGGAAGGAAGGAAGGAAGGAAGGAAGGAAGGAAGGAAGGAAGGAAGGAAGGAAAGAAGGAAGGAAGGUGGGAAAGGAAGGAAGAAAGGAAGAAAGGAAGGACGAAAGGAAGGAAAGAAGGAAGGAAAAAAUGAAGGAAGGAAGGAUGGAAGGAAGGGAGGAUGGAAGGACGGAAGGAAGAAAUGAAGGAAGAAAUGAAGGAAGGAAGGACGGAAGGAAAGAAAGAAAAAGAGGGAAGGAAGGACAAAAGGAAGGAAGGAAGGAAGGAAGGAAGAAAGGAAGGAAGGAAGGAAGGAAGGAAGGAAGGAAGGAAGGAAGGAAGGAAGAAAGGAAGGACAGAGAAAGGAAAGAAGGAAGGAAGGAAGAAAGGAAGGACGGAGAAGAAAGAAGAAAGGAAGGAAGAAAGGAAGGACGGAGAAAGGAAAGAAGAAAGGAAGGAAGAAAGGAAGGACGGAGAAAGGAAGGAAGAAAGGAAGGAUGGAAGGAAAGAAGGUGGGAAGGAAGGAAUGUCCUAAAUCCAACUGAGAACC